AUGCAGAGCUCCAAGGUACCAUGGUGCACUCUCCCCAAGGAGCUCUGGCAGAUGAUCGGAAAAUACCUCGAAACCCGCAUCGACGUUCUCAGCUUCCGCUGCGUCUGCUCUCUCUGGCGCUCCGCCCUCCCUCCUCUCCACCCACCCCACUCUCCUCCUCUCCCCCUCCCCUUUCCCGACCCAAACAACGACGAGCCUUCCGCCGCCGUCUCCCAGACCACCGUCUACCGCCUCCAGUCCCUCAUCGCCGGCGACGACUCGCUCCCCUGCCUGGUCAAGUUCGAGCAGUCCCCUCCCGGCGAAAUACGCCUGCUGAACCCCAUCACCAAUUGGGAGCUUCGGUUAUCGAGGAUGAUGAUCGGCGGUAUCGAGGAUGCGGUUGUUCCAUUUUUCAAACAGUUCAACUUGUUGGAUUUUAAGAUUGUCGAAAUGGCGAAGUUGUAUUCUUUGAAAUAUGCUUGUACUGAGAUUGAUGUGCCUUAUGUGAACAAAGUGGUGGUUUUGCCUAGUGAUCAUUUUAGUUUGGAGGAGGGUUUUGUUGUGUUUAUGAUUUAUGGAGGUGGGUGUUUAGGGUGUAUGAGGUAUGGGGAUGAGAGUUGGAUUCGUGUCGACGAAAACAACUCGAAUUAUGAUGAUCUCAUUGUGUAUAAGGGUCAGUGUUAUGUUGUUGAUGAUAGGGGGACGAUAUCGUGGAUAAGUCAGGCAAUGCAGGUGGUUCAGUACUCGCCGCCGUUGUGUGGGUUUGGAGGGCAUAAGCAUUUGGUUGAGUGUGGUGGUGAUCUUCAUGUGGUGGAUAGGUAUUUUGGUAGUGAGGGGUCAAUGCCUCAGAGGAGGUUUAAUUAUAUACAUCUUGAUGGGGAGGUGGCGGAUUUUAAGGUUUAUAGGCUGGAUGAUGAGUGGGGGACUUGGGUUAAUGUGACAAACUUGGGGGAUCAAGUGAUUGUUUUGAGCUAUGAUGGGUCGUUUGCGGUCUCAACCAAGGAGUUUCCUGGAGUGAAAGAGAAUUGCAUUAUGUUUACUGAGCAAGACUUUGGUCCUGUACCUGCUGAAAUUGGAAUGGGAUCAAAAAGUCGUCACUGUCGUGUGUUCGACUUGGCUGAUGGUAGUAUGAGCAACAUUGGCGAUUCUCAGUUGUUCAGGGUACCCUCGAAUUGGCUUACUCAUUGAUGCCUUGCUGUAUCCUCUGAAUGGAAGUUUGGUUACUGCUCAAGAUGUUUAGUUGCAUUUCUCGGAGAGGAUAGAGGGUCCAACUCAUGAAGAGUCUUUUGUAAAGCUCUACUGUAAAGUAGAAGUGUAAUAUAUAGUAGCCUU